AUGGCGUCCUGCUGGUUUAUCUUGUGAACGAGUCCCGCUGUUGUCUCCAGAGACACGAACAGAGAGUCUUUAUGUCCGCAUGAAUCUGUGUGGUUGGACUUUGUGCUGUUCACCUGUUCUCCGUGUUUCACCUCUGACUCAUCUCCCGCUACCGACAAAGCCACGGAAGUUAGCUUAGCAUGCUAGCUGCAAACAGACAGUGAGCAGCACGGCGCCAGUCAGAGUGACCGUUUGGUGGAGAGCCAGCAGUGUUUUGUUUUGUGUGAUUGUGUGAAAAUGUCUAAAGUCCAAACGCUGAGAGCUUUUGUGAAGCAGCGACUAACUGCGGCUGCUGAAGAGAUAUUUGAGCAGUUUGAAAGAACGAUAGCAGAGUACGAGGAGGAAGUUUGUCGACAACAGAAACUACUGGACGCUGUUUUCAAGCCUGAAGUCCGGUUACACAGAGCAGACGUCCAGCUGCUGUUGGCGAGGAAAGACGAGGAUCCUCCUGAGCAGCAGGACUGGAGAUCCAGUCCGGACCAGGAGGACCCAGCUGAGCCCCCACACAUUAAAGAGAAACAGGAGGAGCUGUGGACCAGUCAGGAGGGAGAGCAGCUCGGAGGUCUGGAGGAGGCUGAUAUCGGCAAGUUCACAUUCCCUCCUGUCCCUGUGAAGAGUGAAGAAGAGGAUGAAGAGGAACCUCCGUCCUCACAGCUUCAUCAGACACAAACUGAAGAGGCAGAAGCUGUGGCUGAUAGGGAGGACCGUGGAGGACCAGAACCAGCCGGGACCUCAGAUCCAGAUAGACCUUUACAACCUGACACUGAUGACAGGACUGCAGAGCUUUUUGAAGCACAGACUGAAGUCAGUGAUGAUCAGAGAAAGACCACAGGAGCUCGUGUAGGUUUGAACAUUCAGACAAAUAAUGGAUCUGAUUGUUGUGAGAAACCAUUUUUGUGCUUUGAAUGUGGAAAACGAUUUAACCGAAAGUCAAAUCUGAAGGCACACAUGAGGAUUCACACGGGAGAGAAACCGUUCGGCUGCUCGGUCUGCGGUCAUCGAUUCGGCCAGAAGUCACAUCUGCAGAACCAUUUGAAAUGUCACACAGGAGAGAAACCUUACAGCUGUUCACGCUGUAAUAAACGUUUUUCCCGGCACGGACACUUACAGAUACACAUGAGAACCCACACCGGAGAGAAACCCUUCAGCUGCAGCCUCUGUGACCACAGAUUCACCUGGCUCUAUCAGCUCAAAAACCACAGGUGUGCUGCUGAGUCCUCGCAGCUUCAUCGAAGACGAACUGAACGGAGCUCAGAUCAGCCUCAUCUGGAGUCACAUGUACUGACAUGUAAUGCAUUCAUUGGACAGUUCUGGUGAUGUCAUUCAGUUGUUUCAGUCUCGAAUUUAGUCGACAUUAAACUAAAGUCCAGAAAUGGGAAAAACAUUCUUUUGCUCAGUUUCAGUUUGUGGCUCAGGAUUUGUUCGUUAGCGGAUAGCUGGUCAGUUAGCAGAUAGCUGGUCAGUUAGCGGAUAGCUGGUCAGUUAGUAACUAGCAGUUUGGUUAGCAGUUAGCAGGUUGAUUAGCCGAUCAGUCGGCAGAUUAAUUUGAUGUUCAGUUUGCUGGAUUAGUGGGUCAGUUAACAUUUGUGUCAGUCAGCUAGCAGGUAGCUGUUAGCAGAUCAGUUAGCUUAGCAGUAACAGUAUAUAUUAGAUGGUUUCGCAGGUAACUGCUCUGGUGUAUUCUCUCAUUGUCUCAGUGCUUG